AUGUUCACGGUAUUUCGCAUGUUACUAAUACUAAUCCACUUUUUAUGUGACUUAUUUGCCGCGUUUUAUAAUUGCUGUAUGAUUCUUCAUCGUAAGUUUACCAAAAUAUGGUACGGUGAAAACUUAAGGACAGAGAUCGAAAUACUGACGCGUGCCGCGAGCAAGAUGAAAAAGCUUCCAAGACAUAUAGUGAUCGUUUUCGGCGCGAAGGAGAACACUAUUUUCGAUUGUAUACGAAUUAUUAGAUGGUGUUAUACCCUUGGUAUAUCUUACAUCAGUUUCUUUGACAUCAGUGGUUUUCUAAUCCGAAACGAAAAUUUAUUAAAAUACGAACUUGCAAAAACACAACCUGAUUUAAUGGAGUACAUCAAUUGGAGUAAAUCAAACGCAGGAUUCUCUCAAAAUGGAAUUACUGAUUCUAAAUCGAAAAUGAGGAUAUUUUUAUUGUCCUCUCUAGAUGGAAAAAAAGAAAUAGUAUCCUUGACAAAAACAUUAGCUGAAGCUGUAAUCACAGGAACAAUUAAGCCGGAGGAAAUAAAUAUCGAAUUGCUCGAUGAAAAAUUAAAUUCACGAAAAAUGCCGGAUCCUGAUUUAGGAAUAAUUUAUGGCCGUGUUUGUUCUACGUAUGGUGUUUUACCAUGGCAAACACGAAUAACAGAAUUUUACAUGUUACCUUUAAACAUUAGUUUAUCUGCAAAGGAUUUUAUAUGUCUGUUGGAAAAAUAUAGUAAAAGCGAACAACGAUACGGAAAAUAACUGGAAACUUUAUUAUUUUUUUCAUUUGAGUAAAACAAAAAUAUGUUAAUGUAUCCAAAAACAAAAAACAGACGGAUGAAACAAAAAAGUAGCUUUUGAGGAGAUUUUUUACAAAGACUGAACUUACAAUAAUUUACAGAUACUAUUUUAUAAGUGAUUGUGUGCUAAAUAAACUUAUGAUGGCUACAUGUGUAGCGUAAA